GUCUGUGCAUCCUGCAUACACAGACCCACACUCACUUCAACAGCACCAGCACUGCACAUCAAAGCAGCUGCUGCCACCAAGAUUUUUAUCUGACCAGCAAUAAGAAAGCAAAGCAAAAGGAUCUGAUGGCAGGAGACAAGCAGCCAGUGAAGGCCAUCAAGGCCGAUGAGCUGGCGGCCAUGUUGGAGGGCCAGACGGAGAAAGUGUUGGUCAUCGACUGUCGCCCUGUAGCCGACUACAGCAUCCUGCACGUGCUCAAUGCCGUCAACAUCUGCACCUCGAUGGUCGCAGAGGGCAGAGAGUGGCUCACCGAUCUCCUGCAGCCUCGCUCGCUGAUGGAUGGAAAGGAACUGGUGCUUUACGACCAAGAAGCAGAAGAUACCGAGACCCCAGUGUCCAUCGGCAACAUCACCACCCUGCUCAGAGAAGUGGAGAACCACUUCAGCAACGUGUAUUUUCUUAAAGGAGGCUUUGUGGAAUUCUCCUCUUGCUUUCCAAGCUUGUGUGAAGGGAGAUCUCCUGGUUUCCUCACCUCCAGCCUCUCACAGCCCUGCCUGUCCACGUGUGACGUCGGACCUACUCAGAUCCUCCCGUGUUUCUACCUGGGCUCACAGAGCGAUGUCCUCAAUAAGGAGCUAAUGGUUCAGAACAGGAUCACUCACAUCCUGAACGUUAGCAGCAACUGCCCGAAGCCCGCUUUUAUCCCUGACAGUCACUUCCUGAGGAUCCCUGUCAACGACAGCUACUGUGACAGCCUCCUCCCCUGGCUGAACAAGUCCGUGGAAUUCAUAGAUACGGUGCGGUCAAUGCAGUGCCGGGUUUUAGUUCACUGUUUGGCUGGGAUCUCAAGAUCUGCAGCGAUUGCGAUUGCUUACGUCAUGAGGACAAUGAAUCUCUCUUUGGAUGACGCCUACAGGUAUGUGAAAGACCGAAGACCCACCAUAUCUCCAAACUUCAACUUCCUGGGCCAGUUGGUGGAAUAUGAGAAGGCUAUCCAAGUUCAAUCUUCGGCACACAUGAACCACAGCAUCCUUCUUCCUGACGCUGCCUCCGGAAAUAUCGGAACGCCCCAGCCUGACACCUGUGAGGACCCAAGUGAGGAGAGUCCAAUGUUUGUCCCUCACUUUUCCACCCAAAACAUUCCAGACCAAUGUUUGGCUCACCUGGACAACGCCACAAACAACCAUCCCAAGAAAUUUGGGGAGGGCGCCCCCGAGAUGUCAUCCUUGCACCUCGGGGUCACCAACCUCCGGCUGUCGCCAGAGCGCGCAGCGCAAGCGAGCUGCAUGAAGCGGUCCUUCUCGCUGGAUGUGAAGUCAGCCUACCCUUCGAGCCCACACGUCGGCUGCUACCAGACCCCACAGCCGGCAGAGGUCGGCCCCGUCCCCAAACUGCUGGGGCUCGGGAGCAAGUUGGUGGCCGGCACCUUCAACCCGUUCACCCUCUUGUUUGGGAAUGCCAGGAAAGCACGCGGGAAAGAGGACGCCGCGUCCAAAGAAGCCACGCAGACGCUGAAGGCUCAGCAGAAGUGCGGCGGCCUCCAAACCCCUCCCCGUCCUGCCGGCCUCGACCAAGGACUGGCUCUGUCAGCUUGCCCCGUUCACAAGAAAGAUGGUGCCCCAGAUAAUUCCAACACAAGGCUGCCACUGACUCUGCCCAUACCCAAGCAGCCAAAGUCACCGCUUCUCAAUUACAGCACAUGCCUCAUCACAGUGCAUGCAAAGAGGACAGAACUAUCACUGUUUGAUCAUCCUUACAGUGGUCCCAUCAAAUCCAGCCAUGUCACAGGGAAUGCAGUCCUCUACACUGAAAAUAUGGUGAAAUCAUAAUCCCACCUACGGAAGCGGACAAAUCCAUCUAUAAUCUGUCCAAAUUGGAUUUGCUCCUCUCAAGAGGAAGGAUGAGGCAGUCAAAGGGCUGUCCUUUGACCUUUUACCCGGCUCUCACUUUCGUUGACUUUGCUGUUGGUUCUGGGCUUUGUAGGCUGCUCCCCAGAAGACGAUGGGCCAUCUUCCAAUCAAACCUCACUUGAGGUUUGUUGCACUCAGAAGCCGGUGAGCACCUACGUGAAAAUAGUCCACACAGGAACUCGGUGAAAAUGCCUGAAGGUGGAGAUUCUGAUUUUCUUUUUGUCAGAAUUAAAGUUGAAAUUUGGGAACAAAAAUUUAGUUUGGAAUUUGGAUCAACAAUUCUAGGGAAAAAAAAAGUUCAAAAUUCUUGGAAAAAAAGAGCUUAAUGCUAGAACUAUUUCCAGGGUCACGGUGAGACUGGAUCCCAGUAAUCCAUUUUUACUGAGAGCUGUGGUGCUGGAGGUUGUUAAAAGUGAAGGCUUCUGGACAUUAGUUAUACUGCAUGGAGCACAACGAUGCCUGUGCUGCUGAGACCAUGGGAAUGUUACUUUUGGAACUGGAAUAGACAAAAGUGAAUCGCUAAAAUGGAUAGAAACUUUGAGUUUCAGACAAAUACUAUGAGUGGACGUGCACAUUGCACUUGAAGCAAGAUUUGCGGUGCUUUCCCUCUAGAAGUUAAGCAAAAUGAUUGCUUCCUUGGGAUGUUAGACUGUACAUGCUUUUUGGAGGUAGCAGCCUUGAUGGGGUGAAUGGCCUCUUUAGGAUUCUUUCUUUUGUCUUUAUACAGGGGAAGGGGUGGGUGGAGGGGGAUGUAUCUGGGUUUGUACGUCACUGGGGGGGAAGCCAUGAACAAUAUGUGUUAGUUCAGAGUGGUUGUGUUAUUUGAUUGGUGUUAGGUUAGAUUUCUGGCUCCAUGUUCUCAAAGGGGUAACAAAGUGGAUAACUAUCUGACAGAGUAAAUCAUUUUGUUACUGACUCUCCCAACCGAGAGCCAAUGGGUGAAGAUUAAGCAGCCAAGUUUUUAUGGUGGUUGGACAAGGUCCAACUCUGAAAUAUUUAUUGGCUUACUUUUAUUGGGAUGUGGAAGUGACUGGAAAAGCCACCAUUUGUUGUCCAUCCCUGUGGCUUGCUGGGCUAUUUCAGAGGGCAGUUAAGAGUCAACCCCAUUGGUCGGUCUGGAGUCACACAUAUGCCAGACCCGGUAAGGAUGGCAGGCUGACAUUUACCCAGUGAACGAAGUUUCACACAUAUCUGUGUCAGUGACUCUCCCAUUUGUCUUUAACUUGACUGAGUGCUGAACUGUAGUCUGUAGGAUCAACACCUGUAGUAGGAUGCUCCACUACCAACCAGCCUGAUGUAUCAAUGUUGGGAUGGAUUUUUCCUGACAAGGGUUUUCUCAUGGUAUCCAACGAUACUAAGAAGAUGUACUCUUAGUUAAAUGUCUUGGUACCUUGAGUGGCCAAACUCUAGUUCAGGUUGUUCCAUCCGUAGGAUAUUGGCCGCUUGUUCACAGCACUCAGCGGUUCUACUGAUUGAGAGCACCAAAUUUCUACUUGAUUUGAACUACCCAGUCUACCUGCAGCUCAGAGCAUAGAAGGCUAAUGGCCAAGUGCUGGAGGUUGGGAUAAGCACAGAGGGGUAUCAAUGACCAGCAUGGACAUGGUGGGCUGAAAGACCUGGUUCUUUGUUGUAUGCCUCUUAUCACUCAAAGGUAGGGUUCAAAUGAAACACUUCAGGGGCAGGGGAUGUCCUGGGGUGGGCCUCAACAGUCCUGUCAUCUGAAUUUGGAAUUGGAAGGAAAUAAAAGGUUAAAAAUAUUAAAAAUGGGAAAUUUCCUUCAUUUACACUAUUCUUCUAGUCAUUACGGGGCAGGAUUUUUAAAUCAACCCCAUCAAACAUUCUGGAAUGUAGGCAAGGCUCAGGUUAACAUCUCUUCCAACAGACAUUCCGUCCAACUGGGCAGCAUUCCUUCAGUGCUGGAUCUUGUGCUUACACUUCUGGAACAGGAUCUGAAUCCACAACCUUGUGACUCAGAGGGAGAGC